UUUAUAUCUUUCCUAUUCAGAUGUGUCUUCAUGUUAUUCCGUGGCGUUGGUAACUCUGCUUGUUCCAGACGCCAGACUUGCAACUUCCUUUUCCUUCCUACUGUUGUUCUACGUGCAUGUAAUGGAAGUGUAAUAAUUUAUUUCAACAAUGAAGAUUAACGUCUCUUACCCGGCGACAGGAUGUCAAAAACUCUUCGAAAUCAUAGACGAGCACAAGCUCCGUGUGUUUUACGAAAAACGCAUGGGUGCUGAAGUAGAAGCCGAUUCUCUGGGAGACGAAUGGAAAGGUUAUGUCGUCCGAGUUUCUGGUGGAAAUGACAAACAAGGAUUCCCCAUGAAACAAGGAGUUCUCACAAAUGGACGUGUUCGACUGCUGCUUUCGAAGGGCCACUCCUGCUACAGACCGCGUCGCGACGGCGAGCGGAAGCGGAAGUCGGUGAGGGGAUGCAUCGUCGACGCCAACCUCAGUGUGCUGGCGCUCGUCAUCAUUCGCAAGGGAGAAAAUGAGAUCCCAGGCCUGACAGACACGACAGUGCCCCGUCGGCUGGGACCGAAGCGAGCGUCCAAGAUCCGCAAGCUGUUCAAUCUGUCGAAGGAGGACGACGUGCGACAGUUUGUGGUGAAGCGACCUCUGCCGGCCAAAGAGGGCAAGAAGCCGCGCUUCAAGGCACCCAAGAUUCAGCGUCUUAUCACACCUGUCACACUCCAGCGCAAACGCCACCGUCUGGCUCUGAAGAAGGCCCGCCGCGUGAAGAAGAAGGAGCAGGCAGCUGACUACGCGAAACUGUUGGCUCAGCGCCAGAAGGAGGCCAAGGUGAGGAGGCAGGAGGAGUUGAAGAGGAGGCGAUCGGCCUCUAUGCGCGACAGCAAGUCAUCCACUGGCAAAUGAGCUCUGUCCUUGUUUCUAUUGAUUAAUAAAAAAAAUUAACAAAGUCA